UGGCAGGAGCAGAGGGGACGCUUCACCAUGGAAUAUGAAGUCAAGAAAGGGAAAAAGGGCUUUGUAUCCCCUAUCCGAAGACUGGUGUUCCCCAAGGCCGGGCGCCAGGCAGCCUUUAGGAGCAGUGUGAGCCGCCGGCCCCUGCACUCCAUGCCCCUGUAUCCCCCUGACUACCUCAUCGACCCCCAGAUUCUGCUGUGUGACUACCUGGAGAAGGAGGUCAAGUUCCUGGGCCACCUCACCUGGGUGACUUCCUCACUGAACCCCUCCAGUCGGGAUGAACUCCUGCAGCUGCUGGACACAGCCAGGCAGCUAAAGGAGCUGCCGCUGAAGACCACAGCGGAGCAGGACAGCAUCCUGAGCCUGUCUGCACGCUGUCUGCUGCUCACCUGGCGGGACAACGAGGAGCUCAUCCUGCGUAUCCCCACUCACGAAAUCGCGGCAGCCUCCUACCUGCAGGACGACGCCUUGCACCUGCUGGUGCUUAAGACCGGUCUGGGCGUGGACCCGGUGCCGGCCGGUGUGGACGCCAGCCCUGGAGGCGCAGGACGUGACCCAGGCCCGCCGGGCGCGGCGCCCGAGAAGCGGCGGGUGGGCACCACUGAGCGGCGCCACACCAUCUGCAGCCUGGACUGGCGGAUGGCGUGGGGCGGGGGCGGGGGCGCCGAGGCCCGGGCCGCGGGCGGCGGCGGCGGCAGCCUGGAGCGCCAGCGCUCCGGGGUGCGGGCGUCGGGCAGCUGGGAGCGGCGGCAGACCUUCAGCGGCAGCUGGGAGCGGCGGCACUGCGGCGGCGGCGGCGGCGGCGGCGCGGGCAAGCCGGGCGGCAGCUGGGAGCGGAGGCAGGCGGGCGGCGGCGGCGGCAGCUGGGAGCGGCGCCACCCGGGCCCCAACCCGCUGGACCCGCAGGACCCCAGCCCAGAUGCCUACUGCAAUCUGGUCAUCCUGGCUGUGGCCAACAGGGAUGCUGCUGAGGAGUCCUGCGCAUUGAUCUGCCAGGUCUUCCAGAUCAUCUAUGGGGACCAGAGCAUUGAGUGUGUGGACCGGGCUGGCUACCACUACACAUCUACACCUGAAAGGCCAUGGCUCUGCAGCCGCAGUGAGAGCUGCCGCACAGAUGGGACUUAUGCCUAUGAUGCUGACUUCAGCUGCUGCAGCUCCUUCAAUGGCUCCCAGGACACUUUUGAAGCAUGUUACAGCGGCACGUCCACACCCUCUUUCCAUGGCUCCCACUGCAGUGGCAGUGACCACAGUGGCCUGGGCCUUGAGCAGUUACAGGAUUACAUGGUCACCUUGCGGAGCAAACUGGGGCCCCCUGAGAUCCAGCAGUUUGCAGUGCUACUACGGGAGUACCGGCUGGGGCUACCCAUCCAGGACUACUGCGCAGGGCUGCUGAAGCUCUAUGGAGACCGGCGCAAGUUCCUCCUACUCGGGAUGCGGCCCUUCAUCCCGGACCAGGACAUCGGCUAUUUCGAGGGCUUCCUGGAGGGCGUGGGCAUCCGCGAGGGAGGCAUCCUCACAGACAGCUUCGGCCGCAUCAAGCGCAGCAUGAGCUCCACGUCGGCGUCGGCCGUGCGCAGCUACGACGGCGGGGCACAGCGGCCCGAGGCACAGGCCUUCCACCGGCUGCUGGCAGACAUCACGCACGACAUAGAGGCCCUGGCCCCCGACGACGACGAUGACGAUGAGUCCCAGGACUCCCGAGGAGGGGGUGACGCCACCGAAGACAACUACCUGUAGCCUCUGCCUAUGUGGAAGGCAUGGAAGAGAGUCUCCCUGCAACCUACUUCUGGCUCUCACUCGUGCCAGUGGGGCCACCGUCCUCAGGGCCCUCUGCUUUGCCCAGGAUUUUCCCUCCUGGGGGUCGCCGUCCCUGCCGUCGGGGCCUUGGUCCCUGCAGUACCAAGAACGUCCUGCAGGGGAUGGGCGAAGCUGGACACUAGUGUUGGGGGUAGAGCACUGCUCUCUGCUGGCCCAGAGCAGGGCAGUGAUCCUACUUUGUCCCGCUAGAGGUGAAGGCUCAGCUCCUGGACACACCCCAAGACUCCUUCCGCAGCUUUCCAGAGGCCGAGGAAGGGAUGAAGAGUGGGCUCCAUCUGCUGGUCGAAUGAGAAAAGAAUUUCCUGAACCCAGAGACUUCUGUUGAUCCUAUUUUACAGAAUGGGAAACUGAGGUCCAAAAAGAGGGGAAAGGACUUGAGGGAAUCCCCUGAUUCUCCUUAUAUUACCUCAAACUGACCAUACUAAAGAGUGUAGUAGGUCUUUUACCAUAGAGUGUAAAUGGCAGAGUGUCCUCUCCCCUGAUGCAGGAGUUGCCCCCUCAGUGCAGAGAAGAGCUUUUCCUCCUGUGAGGGUUGGCUCAGGUGGGUGAUCUGGGUCUCAGUUCUGGCCCUCAGACCUAAACAAGCUGAUUAUUCAGAUCUUGGAUUUGGAGCUCGAUUUGGGUUGGGAUCUUGGAUUAUGGAGCCAGACAGACCCAAGACUUUUAUCUGGUUAGUGUCCUAGCCUCUGUAUGCCCCCUGUUUCCUCACCUGUCCAGUUAGGUCAGCCCCAUCUACCUCACAGGAUGAUUAAUGGAGGUCCAGGCCUUAGCUCAGGGUUUAGCUCAUGAUAGAUCCUCAGUAAAUGCUGUUCUUGCCACAUCAAAUACUUUCUGACUCGGUGUUCUGCCUGGGUGCAAUGGGAUGCGAAUUGGGGAGGAGGAUGUUAAGAAGACCCUCAGGGAGCUCAUUUUGGGAAAAAGGAAGAGGACUAGCCCUUUGAAGCUCUAUUACAGCCUGGCUGUGUGCUCAAGCCCCAAAUGAGAAAUACCAGGACUCCAUAGCUAUCUGGGGGUCUGCCGUCAGGAGGCAGGUUGGAAAGGUGGGGUGGCCAGAUAAACAUAGCACUGGGCACCAUCUGAGGAAAGAUUUAGAGACUAAAAGGAAAAAGGCCUGACAAAGGCCAGAAACUCAUGUAAAAAUACUAAAAUGUAUUUGUAAAACUUUGCAAAACCUUCUAUGGCUGUUAUCAAUUUUCAAGUGCUAUAACUAGGACUUCAGGUCCAGAGAGUUCCAUGUGACGAAUCAUCAUCCCAUCAUACCAUCAUCUUGGUCCCUGCUAGGCCUUCUGAUGUUUUAUUUUAUUCCCUCCUCCCCAAUCCACACAUUCCUCACAUUUCUUCUCUCUCCCCACCACGAGCACCCACCCAUAUCUGCUGACAUACAUCCUUGAGCAUAAAUACACAAUGCUUUGUGGGGGUGUUUAUGCUACAUAAAUGGUAUUAUAUGAGAAUCUCAUUCUAUUGAUUCAUUUUUUCACUCCAUAGUGUUUUUAAGGUCUACCUUUGUUGCUGUGGGAAAAGCUAGUUGUUGUAUCCAGUUUCUGCAAAAUAUUUCAAGCUGAGCAUCCACUGUUUAAUUUAUCUAUCUCCCCAGAAAUGGAUACCCAGGUUGCUCCCACCUCCCUCUUUACCACAGACAACACUGUGAUGAAUGUGUUUAUACAUGAUCCUUAUGGACCUGUGUGGACAUUUCUUUGCGCUCUACACCCAAGAGUAGAAUUACUAGAUCACAGGGCACCUAUGUGUUAGAUUUCACUAAAUUCUUCCAGAAUAGCUCCACCUACAGGGUGUAAAGGAUACUAUUUCCCCACAUCUUCAUUAGGUUUUACAUUAUCUGACUUGGUAAUUUGUGCCUGUCAGUUUGGGUGUGAAGUGGUAGCUCAUUGUUGUUUUAACUUGCUUUUCUCUGUUAAUCCCGAAAUGUAGAACCUCCUCCUAUAUCUGUAAGGCAUUUGGGCUUUCCCUUCUGUGAACUGCUUAUUCAUCUCUUUUGUUCAGUUUUUCCUGAGUUUCCUGUAUUUUUCUUGUUGAUUUAUAAGAGUAGAUGGUAAAUUUUAAACCGUAAUCCCUUUUAGAUGUGGAUGUUUCAAAUAUCUUCACAUAAUAUGUUGCCCAUCUAAGUUUAUCUGUGGCAAUAGUUCUCCAUCUUUAUCCUGGAAAGCUGGCCAAACACAGGCAUCUGAGCCCCACUCCAGAGUUUCUGACUCAGCAGAGCAGGGGAGGAGCGAUUUGCAUUUCUAACUAGUACCCAGGUGAUACUGAUGGUCCAGGAACCACACUCUGAAAACAGCUCCAUAAUGCUUUCCAUUGAACAAAUUUCUUAAUUUUGAUGUCAAAUUUAUUUAUCCUCAUUUUAUGUUUGAGGAAACUGGAGCUCAAGAGGUGAAGUGAAUGACCCAAAGUCACACAGCUGGGGUUAGAUUCAUAUCUGACUAACUAACCAGAGCCCAUGCUCCUAGCCUCUCUACUUUCUUGUCUCGAGCUUUUGGGUGUAGUGGUUGUAGGCUGGGGCAUUUGGACCUGAGACCAGAAGGAGCCUUAGUAAGUUUCUGAGUGAAGCAUAGAAGGAGAAGUUGAUGGGGCAGAGACAGAGGCCACAGAUAUAGAGGCCUCUCUUAAAGGUCUGGGGGCUUUGCAAGAGAAUCGGGCUCAAAAACUGCCCACAGUCCUGGCCAGGGUACAGUGAUGGGGCUGCUUAGAAGUACUGGGUCAGUUCUUACCCCAUAGCUCCGGGGAUGGGGCAAUUUCCCUCGCACACUAGGAAGUUCCCACCCACCCAGAUCUACACUCUUAACAAAGCCAUGCCACCUCUUAGCUUCCGAGGUCCAAAAGGUCCUGGCUGGUGUAGCCAGACUCUGGUCACACUUAACUCCUGUAGCAUUCAGAGACUCUGCCAGGGCCACUCCCUUUAUGGUUCAGGUCCUGGCAUCACAAGAGGGGAAAACCCGUGAGGAUGGGACAGCUAGUUCCCAGGGACUUCUAGGGGUAGUGCAAAUAUGGAACUUCCCCACCGCUGGGCCCCUGAGGACAGUCCUGACCCAAAGACAGUGGUGAAAUUAGUAGCAUUAUGUCCAAUUACCCCUAGGUAGAAAUUUCUCCCAUUUUGAGGCCCUGUAACUUCCUACUUUUUCCCACUUCUGAAUGGAGACUCCUAGCAGUCCUUCCCUACUGUGUGUUGGGGAGGAGUCUUGGGGCAACUGUCAUUCAGUCACUGAACAUUUAGAGAGGGAGAGCACCCACUCUGCCAGGCAUCAUGUGAGACAUGAGAGGAAGAUACAGCACAGUCUCUGCCUGCUGCAGGGCACACCGUCUGGUGGCAAAGACAGGUCCCAGAUAAAGCACUUUUUCUAGGAUGAGUUUGCAGACUUAAUUGUGCACAACGAUGGCCAUUCCAGGAAAAGAGCUCCGAAAUUGCUUUGAAGGGUAGGCUAGGCACUGACGUCAGCGCAUAACUUCCCAAGGGGCGUACUUGGAAGGUGACCAUGGUGAUAUUCAGCAAUGAGGUGUGUAUAGCAUUUUUUCUAGAAUCAGUUCGUGAACUUAAUUGUCUGACCUCUCUGAGCUGGAGGAGUAUAUAGCUGUAGAAUAAGGAGAAAAGGAGACUUUCUUUUUGUGAUACACAUAUCUGAAGUGUUGUGCCAGGAAUAUGGAUUACAGCAGAGCAAUUUUUUAAAAAAAACCUAUGAUUCCAGUAUUAUGGUAUUUGUUUAACUUUACAGACACUACCUCUUUUCAUAUCUGUCUGAUCUCCUUAUUCCCCCUACCCUCCCCCCCCCACACACACACACAGACCUUGUACAAGGAGGCUGGUUCUCACUCAUUCCUACAAUCCCUAGAACCCAGAACAACAACUGGCACACAGCGUCCUGCCAAUAGUUAAUGUGAAUGAAUCAUCUUGAAAACAGACCCUCCAGCCCCAGUUCAGAUCUCAGAUGACUGCAGCCCAGGCUGACAUCUUGACGGCUGCCUCCUAAGAGACCCCAAGCCAAACUCACUAACUAAGUAAAGCUACUUCCAGAUUUCUGACCUACAGAAACUAUAUCCGAUAAUGUUCAUUUUAAGUUGCUACAUUUUGGGUGAUUUGUUAUGCAGCAAUGAAUAGCUCAUACAAUCAAUGAGUCUUUAUAAAGCAUUUGAUGUGUACUAAUUCUGUGGAGAAUGCACAAGAAAAAGUCAUGGUCCUGCCCUCAGGGGAGCAAGCCAUGUGAGCAUUCAUUCUUAGACGCAUUCAUUCCUUUAACCAGCAUUUAUUGAGCACUUACUACAUAUCUGGCCCCAUGCUGAGUGUUGACCCAUAGGAUAUUGGCAAAUAUACCGGCAGUACCAGCUUCUCAGAGGCUGAGGCAGGAAUAUCACUUGUGCCCAGGAGUUCAAGGCUAGCCAGGACAACACGAUGAGACCCCAUCUCAAAAAGAACAAAAAAACACUGUAGGAUAAGUGGAAACUUUCUGGAGUUAUCAAAAUAUAUGUGUGUAUAUAUCAAAAUAUAUAUGUAUAUAUAGCGAAAUAUAUAUACAUAUAUUUGAGACAGAGUCUCACUUUGUCAACCUUGGUAGAAGGUUGACAUCAUAGCUCACAGCAACCUCAAACUCCUGGGCUUAAGAGAUUCUCUUGCCUCAGCCUCCCAAGUGCUGGGAUUAUUAUAGGCAUGAGUCACUGCACCAGGCCUUCAAAAUGUAUAUCUUAAUAGGAUUAAGUUAUAUAGAUGAAAAUUCAGCAAAUGAACACUUAAUUUUGUGUAUUUUAUUGUAUGUAAAUUUUCCAUUAAAAGAAAAAUACUGUAAACAAAUACUG